CUAUCAUUUAAAAUUUUACACUGAUAAGAAGACUUUGCUUACAAGUCGAAGUUCAUGAUGUCACUUUAUUUUUGCUUCAUAUUUGCACUGAUUUUAUUUAUUGGUAUUGUUAAAGCAUUGUAUUCAGGUGGUGUUCAUGGGGAUGUGUACCACAUUAGAAAACAAGGUUUUGAUCAAGAUCCACGCACUUACUCACAUGAAAUAGUUGCCCCAUGGAAAAGACCCUUCAAACCUGGUUAUUGCGAGUCAUGGGAGUGGCACACAGAUCCAAGAUAUAAAGAGCAAAGAUUACAAAUCUGCAGAGAACUCAGUGGAUCUCGUAAACACGAAUGCGAUUCUGCAAAUGGCUUUUGUAAAGACAAGUGUCCUUAUAUAAACGGUAGUUAUCCUUUUUGGAGAGUUAGAAAUGCUGAUAACGUGCCCUUUUUAUGGACAGUGAAAACUAUUCAAAUGUUUGAUUCUGUCAAUGCCCGUUUCCCAAUACACGAUGAUCCAACAAAAGGUUAUGCAAGUACGUACUUUGGCCCUGGUUAUUAUCCUAGCAACGCAUUUGAUAACAAUCCUGAUAGUAUAUGGGUAUCAAACGGAGUCUCUAGCCCAGGAUUAAAUUGGAUUGCUUAUGAGUUUCCAGUUCCUGUAAAAAUCAACAGCAUUCGCAUUCAAGGCGAAGCAGAUCAUCCUGAUCGCACCCCUUCUCAGUUUUACGUUGAAGCUUCAUGCGAAAAAUAUUUUAAAACUUUCACAGCUCAAUGGAUGAUAGAAAAUCACGAACAUGAUACUGAUAAACGUUUUCAUCGACCAAGAUCGGCAUCUGUGAAAGAAAAAUGAUUUUAGAUAUUUAUUAUAAUUAAAAAUAACUAGCAUUAGAAUAAUGAUGAAACUAAGCGUUUUUAAAUGUGUUAAGUUGCGUUGUUUUUAAAGCUUGUUUUAAAAAUGCAAUGCAAAAAGUGACGUAA